CGCCUCGUAUCCAAUCAUGCUUGCAACCACUCCCACCACAUGAAACUUCCGGGCGCUGAAUGCUCGGACAUCGGCCAAUUGAUGGAUGCUUCAAAGCGCCGUCUGGGACACGGUCUGCAGUCGAAACACGACCCCUACCUCCGGCCAUCGCGGCCGACUUUUUCCUCACCCUCUUCCUCAACCGUCCCAUUUCACGCACCAUGUGCGCCGUCCACGACAACCCUCCGUCGAAGAAGCGGCGACGAUACUCUAGCGAACCUCGAUCGAACGACUCGCCUGAGGACCCGCCGUCGGCGAAAAGAAAGAAACGCACAUUAGAAGCGGGAGUCGUUGGCGGCCACCGUACCCCCAGCUUCUGGAACAGACUCUCUAAGGUCCAUCUGACUCGAGGAGCAUUGAGGGAGUUCGACCGCCGGGCUUCCAGAGCCCGACAACUACUGUCGACGCUGUGUUCCAGCAUCGACUCCUCAUCGGGCCCAGGGACCAAAAGCGUGAAGCGAUUCGCACGACACGGCGGACCUAACCUAACCCAUCUUCGAGGGUUUGCCAUUCUGACGGACGGGGACGACACCAUGAGUGGAUCCAGUUCCAGCCGAAAGCGUGCAUCGGCAUCAAGUGGCAGUGGUGCAAGCCGCAAGAAGACCAAGUCCUCUUACGAUCCCAAUUUCGGGCAGAACUUGAUCGACGCCGGUAUCUAUCCUCGUGAUGAGAAUUCGCGACCCAAUAAUGCCCAAGAUAUCAGAAACGCUAUGACCAAGCCUCGAGCUUCCUUGUCUUCUUCGCGGUUCGGUAGCGAGGACUUUACAAUGUUUACAAGACUUUGUAACAGAGCAGGCGACGAAGCGACUGUACGGGCCGAGAUCAUGUCCACCAUUGCUGGUGAAUCGAGGAGAAACCAUUAUUACGCGGCCGACCGUCAAUUCAACCACCUGAAGCCGCUCGCCGACGACCUACCCGAACCCCGACCUGACUUGUAUGACGGCGCUUAUCCUCAACAAAUCGAUCGGUGUGUACGCCGCGACCUCGGAGAGCAGAUUGUCCCAAGUACCAACACCUCUCUACCGGCGGUGCCAAACUUUUUCCUCGAGGGAAAGAGUGAGGGUGGUCGUGCCGACGUCGCGAAGCGACAAGCCUGUCACAAUGGGGCGAUCGGCGCCAGAGCAAUGCACUAUCUACAGAAUUACAAGUCGGUGGAAGCAGAAUACGACGGCAACGCCUACAGUUACUCAGCCACUUACCAUCAAGGGACGAGUACAUUGAAACUAUAUGGUCACCAUCUGACUGCGCCCAAAGCCCCUGGAGAAUCACCCGAGUGUCAUAUGACACAGCUCAAGGGAUUUGACAUGACCAGCGACAUCGAUACUUUCAGAAGAGGGGCAGCCGGAUUCCGCCAUAUCCGGGAUCGGGCCAAAACCGAUCGAGACGGUUUCAUCGAUCUCGCAAAUCAGAUAGCCCGACGCGCACCUGCGGAUCCUCCGUCCACCGCGUUCACAAACAGCCGUACGUCCUUGUCGGUGCUCCAAGAAGACGAGUCUGAUACUUCUCCCGAUGAAGUCGUUGUCGAUGAAGUCGUUGCCGAGCAAACGACUGCCAAAUGCACGAGACAUGCCACUGUGGAGUAAUCAAGGCAGGCUGCUAUGCCACCCACGGCGGCGCCCUGCUCAACCGGGCGUCACGGUGACGAGCAUACGAUCUCUCGGCAGCCAACGACAGUUGCAAACCAUGUGCAAUCUAAUACACCUUCACACCGCCCAAUUGAAGAUGGCAGACCUCGGAGGCAAGCUAGACCGGCCGCGGAAGGUACUAGGUGACACUGAUCCCGACAGAGCCGGCCGUCAGAGACGAUCAAGUGGUUAUGGAGUGUCUUGCAGAAUAUGUACUCUCAGGUCAACCUCGGCCUGUUGCCACUCGAGUAUCUUCUAAUGCUUUCUGGUUCACCUGGUGGGCUGUGUAGUCGUUCCUUUUGUCGUCGUGCCCUCGGCAGGGUGGCUGAGCCGUCUGGAGGAAGGGUUCGUCAACAUCAAC